GCGUCGGUCCCUGCAGAGAUCCAGAUCUCGUGGUGCGCCCCUGGAUUGGAAGAUCUGGAGUCGGUCUUCGUGUCCGAGGGCGUCAUCGGGGGCCCGCUCAUCCGCGCGAUGACCGCCGCCCACUCAGCUCUCUCCGCCGCCUGCGUGCGCAGCCACCGCCGCGCGCCUGGCGCGCGCGAGGCGCGCGCAUGGGCGGCCGCGGCGGGCGCGCUGCUGCGGCGGGGGCGGCCGCUGGGGGCGGCGCUGGCUGCGGGUUGGAGGCAGGCCUAUGUUCGGGGCUUUGCCGUCACAGGGCACCUGGCAGCUGAGGCGCAGGCCGCGUUUGACGCCCUGUGCAUCAGGCUCGGGCUGCCCUACCCCUCAGAUGCGGCUGCAGCACAACACAUCGCCAACGGCGGCCCCGCCGCGGCCCUGCACGUGACUGCCGCCGCAGAGGCGGCGGCCGCGGAGCUGUGGCCGCAGCAGCUCGCGCGCCCGUGCGCGUGGCCUGCGGCGCUGCCGCUUGCGCGGCCGCCCGCGCCGCCGCGGCUCUCGGCGGCGGCGCGCGACGCGGCGCUGCUCGGGUGGCUGCUCGCCCAGGCGUUCGCAUUAGAAGUGGCUGCGCUCGACACCGGCUCUGCUGCUGCCGCUCCCGCCGAUGCAUCCCUACUGGAGCGCCUCGCGCGCCUGCCCGUGCAGCAGCGCGCGUUGCUGCCUGCUGACCUGGCGGCCCCCGCCGGCGCGCCCGGCCCGCUGCGGCCGCGCCGCGGCGGCGCAGCGGCCGUCCAGCUGCCGGCGCUCGCGCUGGCUGCGGCGGCGGCGCUGGUGUGCAGGGGCGGGCCGGGGGACUGGGGAAUCAGGGCGAUGUUGGCAGAGGCAGCCGCGGGCGACGUGGAAGGGGCGGCGGCCGCGUUGAGCGGCGGGCGUGACGCCGAUAGCGCAGGGGCCGCCGCCGCCGCCGGCUGCGCCGCGCUCGCCCGCAUGGCAGCCGCG